UGUUGCAGCAGGAGGAGUUUCGUUACAUUCUAGCACGUUGCGGCAGGAAGGAAUGUUGCAGCAGGAGGAGGUUCGUUAAAUUCUAGCACGCUGGAAGUAAACUGAACGAACCCGUUCGUUGCCGUGGCAACCACAAACCAAGCGUCCAAAAUGUCGACUUUGCUGGGGAAAAGUUUAUUUGAAGUCAGUGGUCAAGGUCCUGCACCCAAUAAAGACUUCUUCCAAUUUUCUGUUACCAAGACCGAGGUUAUUUGGAGAUGGUGGAAGAUUUCUUUGAGAAGUGAUGGUAGGAACACAAAGCCAGGAGAACUGAGGGAGUCUCACAAUGACUACUUGGAUGACAGCCUGCUUCAGAGUCAGGUGAGUGUGGUGUUUGGCCCACGGAUCCUUCAGUACAGCCAGGCACUAUGUCAGGGCCACUAUGACUACCUGGAGCGUCUGCCCGACCCCCUGCUUCUCCACAUCCUGACCCAUCUGGAACUGGAGGACGUGGCACGGCUUGGACACACCUCACACAGGUUCAGGAAGCUGUGUCGUUCGGAGGAGUUCUGGGAGCAAGCGGUGCGCGGUCACUGCGGCGCCGUGUCGGCCGAGGUGGAGUCCCUGGCCCUGGAGCUGGGCUGGAAGAGCGUCUUCUUCACCAGCAAGCUGCAGCUGCAGAAACAGAUCAGCCGCAGGAGGAAGAGGAGCCAGAAGCUACUCUGUACAGACCCGGAGCGCUAUGAUGUAGACGCAAUGGUGGAGCGCAGUGAGGACCCAGAGAGCCGCGCUGCAGAUAUAGAGCCAGGUUCUGAGUCGGACCCUGGGCCGGAGCAGCUCUGUACAGACAUGCAGCGCUGUGGGGUGAUUGCGGGUCAGGGUCGUGGUGUGGCACAGGGGGACUGGAGCUCUGAUUCAGGGAGCUCACUGAAAUGACUUUUGUUUUAUCUUUACACUCUAAAUAGGAUCCUUGAGGUUUCCAUGCUGAGGAAUAGAGGACUGCUUGAUUUCGGGUGGAGACAGUACAAGUGUUUUUUUUGAUACAAAUAUGAUGACUAUUGAAUGUUUGAUGAAUUCAUGUUAGUUAUGCUUCCUGUCUUUCAAACAAUACAGUGGCUGUGUUGUGUUGGAAGACAGUUUCUCUCAUAGACAGUUGCCUGGCAGCAAAGGAUGUUGUGGCAAUGGCUGGAGAUGUUAAUAUGUAUUUUUACCCGCCGUUGCGUUGUGUUGUACAUGUGCCAUGAUCUUUUUCCUUAUACAAUUUAGCACGAGCAGGACAAUACCAUUCAGUGGAAUGAUUCAGGGAGGGCACGUUUGGUAAAAAUAAAAGGAUGAAA